AUGCCUGAAUUCAGUGCUGAAUUCCUUAUUCAGAAUGAGAAUCUCUGGAAGUCAGCAGUAGAAUCAUUGCUAAACACAACAAUUCUAUCUGAAAGAGAUGAAAAGUGGGACAAAUUCAUUCUUCAUGAUAUUCCAGUUGAAAUUUUUGACUGUGAAGAAGGAAUGCUACUUCUCAAAAAUGAAUUGGAAGAAUACAACUUCAUUCAACUGAGAAAGAAGCCUUCAAAGAUCUCUGAAGUAAGAGUAGCAGAGACUCAAAAUGUGCAUUCUGUGCCAGAGAUCACAAAACUAGUGAGCAUAAAUGUGAAACAUGCUCAAAAAGAGGUGAAAUUUGUCAACAUACUCUGCUUAAGUGCUCUAAUUGCAAAGAAAAACAUGCAUCUAGCUCAAAAGAAUAAUUUGAAUCCUCAAACUCCUAUUAAGAUUAGAGAAUUGAGAAAUGACUCUGGUGAUAAACUAGAUAUAAUGCAAGCAGUUGAGAUUCCUACUUUUCAGAACAGUUAUAAUCUACUAUCUGAUGAUAGUGAUUAG